CUCGCUCGUCUCUGGGUGUCGGUGCUUGCCCCUCUAGUCCUCACCAUGUCCAUCCGGUCGACAACCACCCAUCGGACCAUUAAGGUUUCCUCCUCAGGCCCCCGGGGCAGUUUUAGCAGCCGCUCCUACUCCAGCGGCCCCAGCUCGCGUAUCAGCUCGUCCUCCUUCUCCCGAGUGGGGAGUACUAGUGGUGGCUACCGAGCGGGCUUGGGGCUUGGGGCAGGCAUGGGCUUGGGCUUGGGGAACGUCAGCGGGAUCACGACGGUCUCCAUCAAUCAGAACCUCCUGAGUCCCCUGAAGCUGGAUCUGGACCCCAACAUCCAGGCCGUGAGGGUCCAGGAGAAGGAGCAGAUUAAGGUCCUCAACAACAAAUUUGCCUCCUUCAUCGACAAGGUGCGCUUCCUAGAACAGCAGAAUAAGAUGCUGGAGACCAAAUGGAGCCUCCUCCAGCAGCAGAAGACAUCCCGAAGCAACAUAGACAGCAUGUUUGAGAGUUACAUCAAUAGCCUUCGACAACAGCUGGAUUCCCUGGGGAAGGAGAAGCUGAAGUUGGAGGGGGAAUUGGGCAACAUGCAGGGCCUGGUAGAAGACUUCAAAAAGAAGUAUGAGGAUGAAAUCAACAAACGCACAGAAAUGGAGAAUGAGUUUGUUCUCAUUAAGAAGGAUGUGGAUGAAGCUUACAUGAACAAGGUGGAGCUGGAAUCCCGCCUGGAAGGCCUGACUGAAGAGAUUAACUUCCUCAGGAGUUUAUAUGAAGAGGAGUUACGAGAAUUGCAAUCCCAGAUUUCGGAGACUUCUGUGGUCCUGUCCAUGGACAAUAGCCGCUCCCUGGACCUGGAUGGCAUUAUUGCUGAGGUCCGAGCCCAAUAUGAGGACAUUGCCAACCGUACCCGGGCUGAGGCUGAGAAUAUGUACCAGAUCAAGUAUGAGGAACUGCAGACUCUGGCUGGAAAACAUGGAGAUGACCUUCGCCACACCAAGACGGAGAUCUCCGAGAUGACCAGGAAUAUUAACCGACUUCAGGCUGAGAUCGAUGCUCUCAAAGGCCAGAGGGCCACCCUUGAAGCCUCCAUUACCGAUGCGGAGCAGCGUGGGGAACUGGCCCUCCAAGAUGCCCGGAACAAGCUGGCUGAGCUGGAAGCCGCCCUGCAGAGGGCCAAGCAAGACAUGGCCCGCCAGCUGCGGGAGUACCAGGAGCUGAUGAACGUCAAGCUGGCCCUGGACAUCGAGAUCGCCACCUACAGGAAGCUGCUGGAGGGCGAGGAGCACAGGCUGGAGGCUGGGAUGCAGAACUUGAGAAUUCACACCAAGACUAAAGAGUAUGGAGUUGGACUGAGCUCUGGCUUUGAGAUUCCCACCAGCCCCAGUCUUGGCUAUGGGAGUUCCUUCUAUUCCAGUUCUGGCUCUGGUUCAUCCACUUACAGCCAAGUCGGUAAGGCUGUGGUGGUGAAGAAGAUUGAGACUCGAGAUGGGAAACUGGUGUCCGAAUCUUCAGAUGUUUUGCCCAAGUGAGAGUUCAUCUUGGACCCUCACGACCCACCCCUUUCAUGUACUCCUAAGAAUGUCCAGGAUCCCCAAGAGAAUAUAGGGGUGGGGAGAAGGAAAGACUGAAGAGAUCCAAGUUAGAGGUCCCAGACAUGCCUUUUAUUCUGCCCUUUCAGGGUGCAAUGUCCUUGAAGCAAUUUGUGUUUUCAGAAAUAAAGUCACAGCUCACCAUUUCCACCAAA